CAACAACAAUCACUUCAAUGAUCUGCACAACGCCUGCAUGAUUCUUUAAAUCGACAGCGGUACACCCCUAUGUUUUAUAGCUCAUAUGAAACAAGGGCCUAAACUGACAGCACGUAUCGUCACGUAGACAUUUUCUGUAGGGUUUAAGAGUUGAGUGGCGCAUUAUAAAUAGAGAUAACUGUUAUCUGCUCCUGUUUGAUAUGAUUAAAGCUGUAGCUGUAUUGAAAUGAGUAUCAGAGAUAAAGAGUUUAAAAUACAUUUCGAACCCGGGCACGUUGAGCUUCUUCAGGAUGACAUCUACACGCCUUACCGGCGUGUGCUUGUGACAGGAGCAACGGGACUUCUCGGCCGUGCUGUUUACAAAGAGUUCAAGAACAAUGAUUGGGAUGCUUUGGGCUGUGGUUAUAACCGGGCUCGGCCUUGUUUUCUAAAGUGCAAUCUUCUGGACGAAGAUGCCGUGCGAGGUGUCAUUCAGGGGUUUAAGCCUCACGUCAUCGUGCACUGUGCCGCUGAGAGAAGGCCAGACGUGGUGGAGCGUCACACCGAAGCAGCCAUGAACUUAAAUGUACAUGCGUGUGCUACCCUGGCCAAAGAAGCAGCUGACAUCUUUCUUAUCUACAUCAGCACUGAUUAUGUUUUCGAUGGACGCAAUCCUCCCUAUGGAGAAAACGAUGCCCCCAAUCCAUUGAAUUUGUAUGGGAAGUCCAAGCUAGAGGGGGAACGAGAGAUACUCAGACACUGCCCAAGUGCAGCUAUCCUCCGAGUGCCCAUUUUGUUUGGAGAGGUGGAGAAGGUUGAAGAGAGCGCUGUAACUGUGCUGUGGGACCGUGUUCAGGAGGGAGUUGAGAGCUGCACCAUAGAGCACUGUCAACAACGCUUUCCCACCUACACCAAUGAUGUGGCCCGUGUUUGUCGUAACAUGGCAGAGAGAGCUCUUCAGGACCCAUCAUUGCGUGGAAUCUUCCAUUACUCGGGCAAAGAGCAGAUGACCAAAUAUGAAAUAGCCUGUGCUAUAGCAGAUGCUUUUAACCUGCCUAGCAGUCAUCUAAUACCAAUGACCGAGCAGCCAGCAGGCGCAGGGGCUCAGAGGCCACAAAAUGCCCAAUUAGAGUGCUCGCGUUUGGAGCUUCUUGGCCUGAGUGUGGAGUCCACCCCUUUCAAAUCUGCCAUAAGGGACAGUCUGUGGCCCUUCCAGCAUGACAAACGAUGGAGACAGACCGUCUUUCACUAAGGCCACCAGUAUAACUACUCUUAAACAUACAAGAGACCACAUAUUUUAUGUUUAGCUUAGCCAACCAUCAUAUUACACACUUCUGAAAUAAAUCAUGCUUGGCAUCUUUCACAAAGGUUAUGAUCAUAUUUUGCACUCCUGAAAUAAAUCAAGCGACACACUUUACAUGUUCAGCAGCUUUGUUUGAUGUAUACAUUUAUUAUAGCCAAAAAAGUGUUUUACCAUUAAGUGAAAUAUGUUCUAAGGUCAUUCCUUUUUUAUUUUAUUGAUCAAGUAAACAACAAUUUACUUGAAAAGUGAUGUAUGAAUGUAUGACAAAGUCAACAUUUCUGUUCUAUGUGUUCUGUUCCUGUUUAUGUUAAACGUUUACUUCAGAAUCUGAAAACAGAAUGCACUAUAAAAUAAAUAUCAGGAAGUUCAAA